AUGCGUUCGGCCGUGACACUCGCCGUGGUAUGGGCGCGCGCAGCCCAGCUCACUGAUGCCGCGUCUGUCUUGGCCCAUUUCAUGGUGUCCAACUCCUACGCCUACACGGCGGCACGGUGGAAGACGGACAUCAUAGCCGCGCAGCAGGUCGGCAUUGAUGGCUUCGCCCUGAACUGGAACCCGCCCGAUUGCGAGUCGGGCACGGACUGGCUCCCCAGCCGCAUCGACGACGCCUUCGCGGCGGCGAAGCCACUGGGCUUCAAGCUCGUGCACUCCUUCGACAUGAGCUGGAGCAAGUGCAAAAUAUACUGGAACGAGACGUACAUGGCGGGCGUCAUCUCCAAGCAUGCCGACAGCGCCGCUGCAUACCGGUGGGAUAAUGCUUUGCUGGUGACCACGUACGGGGGCGACGCGGUCAACGAGUACGGCAACGGGUUCUUCGAGAAUCUGAAGAGCGCCAUGGGGUCUACAUCUAUCAAGCUGGCGCCAGCCUUGACCACGUACUCGUCAAAUGCGCAGCGUGGUGAUGCUGAUGCUAAGAGCAGUGCCUCAAGCCUGCUAAGCGAGUACAGCUCGAUCGAUGGCUUUUUGAACUGGCAGGCAUGGCCUCUCAAUGUCAAGAAGAAGACUACGGCCGAAGUGGACAAGGACUUCCAGUCCGCACUGCGCAAGGCCGGCAAGAGCGGGCCUUAUAUCAUGGGUAACCGUCUCGCCCUGGAGUUCAAGGACCUCAACGACGGCAAAACCGCGGACUCUUGGGUCGCCUACAGCGACUACCUCUUCCCGCAGCGCUUCGAGCUGCUCACCGGCCCAGACGCCGUAAUCAACCCCGAUAUCAUCGAGCUCAUCACCUGGAACGACUGGGCCGAGUCGCACUACAUCCGCGACCUGCCCUCGACGAGCGACAACUCGGCCUCGGCCUACGUCCAGCUCACCGACCUGGAACGCAGCUACGUCGACGGCAUGAGCCACGCGCCCUGGCGCACGCUCGCGCACUAUUAUACUAGCUGGUGGAAGAACGGCGGCGCCGCUCCGUCGCCCACGAUGGACCAGGUCGUCUUCUGGCACCGCGUGCACCCCGCGGCGGCGUGCAGCGGCGUCCGCAACAGCGACUUGCCCGCCGAUGCCGUGUUUGCAUGGGCGCUCGUCACGAAUAAGGCGAAUAUCUCGGUCACGGUCGGCAGUAAUCAGCGGACUUUUGAGGCUGAUCCGGACGGCCCGGCUGUGGGCAUGGCGCCGUUCCUGGCGGACUUGGGAGCGGGCGUCACCCCGGAGGUGGUGAUCAUGCGGGAUGGCAGGACUGUGGCUACGGGGAAGAGUUCGCAUGCUAUUACGGCGAGUUUGCUAUACAUGUUCUACCACCGCAUCAUCGCCACCACCGCGCUCAACCUCUUGUCUAAGCCCAGCAUCACCGUCACGUCUGCCUUCCAAAUGUCAGUGCCCAGCAGCAACCCCGUCAUCAUCGUGGGCUCCGGCCUCGCCGGCCUCGCCGGCCUCGCCGGCGCGCACGAGGCCCUGAAGGCCGGCGUCCGCGUGCACAUGCUCGAACGCGCCCCCAAGCCCGGCGGCAACAGCAUCAAGGCCUCCUCGGGCAUCAAUGGCGCCGGCACGCGGUUCCAGCACGCCACCGACGACAGCUUCACCGACGACACGCUGCGCUCCGCCGGGGCUAGGCUGCAGGCGGGACCACCAGGCCUCGCGCGAAAAGAGCUGAUCCAGGAGCUGACGGCGCGGUCGAAGGGCGCCGUUGACUGGCUCGUCGACGAGAUCGGCGUCGAUCUGAGCGUUGUCGCGCAGCUCGGGGGCCACUCGGUCGCGCGCACGCAUCGCGGGCGGGGCAAUCCGCCGCCGGGCGCGGCGAUCGUGACGGCGCUGUUGAAGCAGUUCAAUGAAAACGCGGGGUUUACAUUGAGUACGUCUGCGGACGUGGAGGCGCUGCUGACGACGGGCGACGCCGGCGGCGGUGCGGUGGGCGGCGUGCGGUAUUCAGCUGACGGCCAGACGCAUGAGCUGCAGGGACCGGUCGUGUUCGCCGCGGGCGGGUUUGCCGGGGAUGCACACGGGCUGUUGGCGAAGCACCGGCCGGAUCUGGAGGGCAUGCCGUCGACGAACGAGGCGAAGCCGGGGUCUCACGCUUUGCUCGCCCAGGUCGGCGCCGAGUUCGUCGAUAUGGAGUGUGUGCAGAUCCACCCGACUGGAUUCGUGGACCCCAAAGACGCGGGCGCGGGCUACAAGUUCCUCGCGGCCGAGGCGCUUCGGGGAGAGGGUGGCAUCUUGCUCUCGAGUGCAGGGGAGCGGUUUGUUAAUGAGAUGGAUAGGAGGGAUGUUGUGAGCGAGGCCAUCAUGGCGCUUCCGCGCUCGGGGCUCGACUCGGUGCGGCAGUGGGGUAUCACUUUGCUUCUUGACCCAGGGGCUUGCGAGGCGACGGCUUCGCAUUUGUCGUUUUAUCUGUGGAAGGGGCUGAUGGAGAAGAGAAAGGUCAAGGACCUGCCACCCACGGUCAUUGCAUCGGUGGACAAGUACGCGGAGACUGUAGCGUCAGGCUCGGAUGCUGCGUUUGGGAGGAGGACGUUUGGGCACUGGAGAUUGCCGGCUGGGGAAGCGAAUAGAGAACAGGAGGUGUGCGUGGGAACCGUGACGCCCGUGAUUCAUUUCACCAUGGGAGGUGUCGCUUUCAACACUGCUACGCAGGUGCUCCGCAAGAAAGAGGACGCAUUGGCUCCUAUUGACGGUCUGUGGGCUGCUGGUGAGAUCACGGGCGGCAUACAUGGUGCCAAUAGGCUUGGUGGCUCGUCCUUGCUGGAAUGCGCUGUCUUUGGGAGGAUUGCUGGCGCUGAGGCUGCGAGGAGUGUAUUGUAG